AUGUCUUUUGACUUUGAACGAAAAUACAUCAAAAGCACAGAUCGUGUUUUUAUCGUUAAACAAAUACUUGAUAUUACACCAAAUCUAUCACACCUUAAAAUUGACUGGGAAGAUUUUCGUCAUUGUUCAAAAACAUAUUCAAAUAUAAAACAUUUACAUCUCGUAUUAGAUCGAAUAUAUCCCGAACCUAAAAAAUAUUUUAAUAUUCGUCGAUUAACUCAAUUAACACCUCAUCUACAUUCUCUCGAAACAAGCAAUGCAAAUAUAAUGUUCUAUGAACAUCUUCUUGGAUUUGUUUUGGAAAUUAUUCGUCAAUUUCAUCAAUUAGUAUAUUUAAUACUAAAUAAGGAUGGUCGUUAUCCAGCCAAAGAAGAAAUCAAAACAACGUUCAAAGAAAAAUUAAUAGCAACUGGACAUAAUCAAUCAUUUGAUUGUAACAAUAUUCGAAUAGAAUUCUCUCACUUGAAUGAACUAUAUAUUUGGCUUUAA